AUGAAGGGCAGGUUGACGAGAGCGGUCCAUGCUCUCGCCGCUCCAAGUCUGGUAAGCCGACAAGAACCGACGGAGGAUGAGCUGGCGCGCUCCCAGGCUCACUUCGCCGAGGACAAAAAUCUGCUUCAGAUAUGUCUCCGGCGCCGUGCCAAAGAUGCGAUAGACAUGAUGGUAAAUCCGAAGAUGCUGCAAGAUGGCGCGAUUACGACCCCAAAGAGUACCGUCGUCAUUGACAGAAAGUGUAUUUGCGAAUUGAUGUGUCUCCUACACGCCCUUCGCGCCAGUAGUUGCUACUUCCUGGUGCCCGCGGACGCCUUACGUUCGACAUCAAUCUGGGAGGAGAAGGAGGGAGAGCGUAUCGACGGGUUUGGUGGGGCGGGAGGGGUUGCGUGCGGCCCAUCUCACUUGGUCGCCCCUGGGUCAGGUCGUCCCGAAGACUUCCAUUCCUCUCGCGAUCUUGGCCUUGACGGUAACACCCCUUUUGGAAGUACCAUCCUGUCUUCAGCUACCUUGCAUCAUGGCACUUCCAUCGGACGCAGAGGGCGAAGGAAGCAGAAUGUCGGGCCCAAUGACGCGAGCGAGGUCUCAGGGAGUAUGUCUUCCCUUCCGUCUCGAGCAACUUUGGAGAUCAACGCAUUAGGACCGCAAAUCCGUGGCACCCGCAUGCGCGAGAAGAGAAAAAUUGUAAUCUACGCAUGGUUUACUCGCAGAACUGGAGCUAAUUGGGAUCAAAAGAGCGACAAGGCCUUGAGCCUUUCUAGCAAUAGCCGUAGACGCAAGGGAUCACAACAACAAGCGUUUACAUCUAGUGAACGCGAGACGCAGGAUAUGGACGUAGGUUGCGCCGUUCCAACGACCAGCGCGAUACCGGAAGGCUUUGUCAGUCCUUGCUCUCGAUUCGCGCACGAAUAUCCGUUGACUCCUGAUCUAAAGGACGUGAAUGGCGGGUCCGCCGUUUCGUCGAGCGGCACAUCAAAUGUGGUGGUUCCUGGAGAAACAUACACCCAAGAUGCCAGCGUCGAUUCGGCGGGUCCAUUGGCUGGCGCGACACCGGAAGGAUUG